AUGACUGCCGCAUAUUUACAUGAGGAAGCUUGCGAUGAUCAAUGGAGAUGGAGAUGCAUUGGCAAUGUGCAGGUCCGUCUUCUCCCACCUCCUGAAUCUAGCCUACUUCUUAUCCUUGAGUCAGACCUUGACGUGCUCUCCCACCUUGCACACCCACCUCCACUUCAAGUUGGUGCAAGUACUACCCCCAAAUGCAGGAAAGGAUGUAUUGACGACUCUGGUCAACCACCUCCUUUGAAGGGUCACAAGUGCCCUUUUCGCAAAGCAUCUCAAGCUCAACCCAUACACAUACUGGAUGAUAGUGCUAGGCCAUCCAAGCGACAGAAGACUCGGUCUUAUGUGAGCAGCCCCCCUGGGGAUCCGACACAUGUGAUAUCAUCUGUAGAUACAGUGAACGUUUCUGUCCCUGGGCCAUUGCUCACAUUGCCCAUCUUUGAUGCUAUUGAUACAGCAGCUAGCUCGUCUGCGACACCCUCUGAUGAUGGGGUAGAACCUGCCAACUCUGAGUCAAAUGAUGGCGACAUUAACUUUACUGAUUUUCUUCGUUUUCUCGAGGGCUACUCUGCUGAGACGCAGGAGCCAGAUAAAGUGUCAGGACCUCCUGGCUGGUAUCCAUUGGAAGGUCUGUCGUGCUAUGGUAUGAUGGAUGGGCAUCUCAGUGAUGACGGAGGUGAACUUGAUAUGCUUGAAGGUACUGGUGUAACUCUGGAGAUGAACAGCGGAGAUAUGAACACUUGUGUGACUGCUGAGUCGAGCAGCGAGGAUACCAAUGUGCAUGGUACUGAUGUCACGCUGGAGCCGAGUGCUAGUGCUGUUGAUAGUGAUGUCUUGAUUCCUGCUAGUUGCCGCGCAGAUGAGCCAGAUCAGAUUGUUGAUGGUCAAUAUCGCUCGUCUGACUUCACACUUGUUCAUGAUGUUGCAGGGGACGUUGCUCCUCCUUUGCAGUAUCGGAAUAACACUGCUGAAGGCAUGCGGGUGCAAACUGAAGGCAAGCGGCUGAAUAAGAAACGACGUCGCUCAGUGUUGUAUAUUGCAAAUGAUCGUAAUAGGACCAAAGCUCAUAGUGAACGAGCAAGUAGACUCGUGCGUGUGGUCAAGGAUCUGGACAAAGUGUCAAGACCUUUCAUUUUCCUAUAUAUUGCAAGACCAGAAUCUAUCUUAUCGAAGAACGGAAAAUCUGUGAUCCAUAUAUCUCCUGCCUUACAGGCAGCUUUUGAUGCGAAGGGAGAUCACCGUCCCAUCAUGGACAUUCAUGAGACGGCAAUGGCAUAUGUUCGUAAACAAGUACUGAGCAGCAAGGACAUUAUUGCGAUCAAUGCAGAGGUUCAUCAGGCACAGGCUGAGAAGCACCAAGUCAUGAAUGAGCUCCAAAAUCUUCAGGAGGCUCAUAGUCAUGAGCUUUUGGCUGAGCAGCAACGUUGUCAGGCAGUCGAAGCUCAGCUUGCAUCACUUACCCAGCAACUUGAACUUAGUGCAUAUAAUAUUUAA